AUGGCGUUAUCUUUUAAAAUCAAUCCUCGUCUUCUGGCCGAUAUUCCUCAUCAAUCACAACAAAUAAUUGAACCAAUUCAUGGUGUUGAACAAGAACAACUUCUAUCUCUGGAACAAGCUUGUCAAUCACUUGAAAAUAUACUUGGCAUAGAACUUCAACUCUACAUCACUGUUGCCAAAUUAAAUUCCAAGCCACCCAAACAUGGACUAACUCAAGAUGAAUCAGCAUCUAUCUAUCUAUAUACAAUGGAAUGCAAUCAAUCAGAAAACAGUCUUCAUAUUCUUCUCAAUCAAGCACUUUGUGCUAUUGAUAGAAAUCAACUUCAACCUUGGUUGAAAUAUAUCAAAUUAUUAUUUACAGCGCUCUUCAAAUUACCAUAUGCUGAAUAUCAUACAGUGUGGCGUGGUAUUCCUAAAGAUGUUUGUGAACAUUAUCGAGAAGGAGACGAAGUGACAUGGUGGUCAAUAACUUCGACAACAUCUUCAUUUGAUGUUCUUCAAUCACCAAUGUAG